GUCGUCGUCGUCGUCAUCGUCAGUGGAAAGGCAAACUGAUAACCGUGCGCGCGAAUCAAUAAGCCCCCCAAUGUUUAGGAAGCACUCCAGCGAUAAUAAGCCAGUAUAGUGAGCGCACGUCUUCUGGUCGUAUAAAAAGAACCACCCCGGAACGGGAGCCCGCACAAAGAUUAGGAAGUGUGACUUUGAUGUGUUCGAUAUGGGUCUCAGAGGUGUACUGUUAGUGGUUGCUGUGGGGGCAGUUUGGCCGCAGGCGGUUGAAUCUCUAAUAAGCUGCUAUUCGUGUUCCGACGAUGAGUGCGUGAACGGGGUGGAUCUGGGAGUCCGGGUCGAUUGUAACGGUGUUCAGGAUCAGUGCUACACGAAAUUUGAUGGGUAUGUGCCCACGGAACGAGGAUGUACUUCGGCAUUGACGGCGGCCAAUCCAUGCUCAGCAGGAACGUGCGAAUCGUGCAGCAGUGAUUACUGUAAUGUGCUCGGUGCUGCCCAGCAUAAAUGCGUGGUUUGUUCAUCGGUACUGGAUGGAACUUGCAUCAGUAACCCAAGUGGACUGCAAGCGCAACAAUGUGGAUCCCCUAGUAUGGACGUGGCCGAAACGCAGUGCUAUUCGCGAGUGAUCGGAUCCGUCACCGAGCGAGGCUGCGUUCAGUCUCAGUCCGAUUUGGAUGCAUGCGAUGGGGCCCAAUGUGCCACUUGCAACGGAGAAGGCUGCAACAGCGAAGAAUUCCCCGAAGGACGCCAAAAGUGCGUCAAAUGUAGUUCGGAAGCGUGCAGAACCGCCGCCGACACCAGUUACUGUGACCUCCCUGGUGACAGCUGUGUGACCGCGAAAAAGACUGACGGAACAUACCUCAAAACGUGCGAACAAUCCAUGACCGAUGCGGACCGACAAUUCUGCCAAUCAAAUCCAUCCGCCUGCGCGUUCUGCGGCCAGAACGAAUGCAAUCGUAACGAGGUCAACCUCGCCGUCUCCGGACGCCAGUGCUACACGUGCCAAGGUACCGACUGUCUGCGCUCGGCACUGACGAUCGAAACCUGUCACGAAACCGAUGAUCGAUGCUACACCAUCUUCGACGGUUUCAACCCCACCGAACGGGGCUGCCGGUCAACACUCGGCACCCAGGAAAAGGCCACUUGCGAUGACGCCAAUAACGUAGAUUGCAGUCUCUGCGAAGACGAUCUGUGCAACGUGGGUGGACGCCAAGACCAUCAGUGUCUGUACUGUUCGUCGGCGUUGGAUGUGAACUGUGUCAGUCCUACCGGACAGACUCCCCUGAUAAUUCAAUGUCCUGCUCCGACCACUGAGCUGACGGAUGAGGCGCAGUGUUACACAAGGAUUAUAGGAACCGUAACGGAACGUGGCUGCCUCGGUUCAGCAACGGAUGCGGACGGGUGUGAUCCGGCGGAAAAUUGCGGAACGUGUGCCGGAUCCGGAUGCAAUACGGCACUGUUCCCCACUGACAGGAGGCAGUGCGUUGUUGGAUCUUCCGCCAACCAGUACUGCCCGGAUCCAUGGGAUGAUUGUGUACAAAUCGCCAGCACCACCAGCGGAGGUGCCAACGUUAAGAAGUGCGAGUCAUCGAUGACUGCGGAGGAAGCGUCCUUCUGCAAGGCAAACAGCAACAAGUGCGCCUUUUGUGCGUCGGAUAACUGCAACCAAAACGAAGUGGCGUUUAAUUAUGUGGAAUGCAUGUCCUGCAAUUCGGGUGACAACCCCUCCUGUGCCACAAACCCAUCUUCCAUCAUCAGCAUGGCAUCCUGUAGGGCCUGUGUGAGCCUACUGACGACCAACUCCCAAGGCGUGCAAAUACUUCAGCGGGGUUGCCUGGAAGCGCUUUCAGCAGAGGUCGUCGCUCAGUGCUCCACUUCUGGUACAACAUGCACGUCCUGCAGUACGAAUCGUUGCAACAUCGGAAACUAUCCAGCGAACCGUAUGGAGUGCUACAAGUGUCUUCAACCGCCGUGUAUUUCCCAUAACACAAUUUCCCUUGAAUACUGCCCAACAUACUCAGCAGCUGAUCGUUGUGUCAUGCUACUGGACGCCUCCGGUGUACCAAUUCGACUGGGAUGCAACAGUACCCUCACGGCUGCUGAACAAAGCACCUGUAGAUCUAAUCCCCAACAGUGCAGGUAUAGCUCCAAAUCGAGAUCCAACGACCCCACAGCCCUAUUAACACCCGGGAGAUGCGUACAAUGCAACAGUGCUUACGAGCCCAACUGUAUGACCAAUCCAGCCGUCUUCGAAAACGAGCCAUGCAACGAUCCAGAGAAUAGUCAAUGCUUCUCGCGGCUCAUCAACGGAAACACCGUCGAACGUGGAUGUCUCAACGACCUGGACAGCGCCUCCAAAACCAAGUGCCUUCAACGCAACGACUGUGCACUCUGCUCAACCCGCACGGACAGAUGCAACUCCCGACAGUACCCGUCGGACCUGAUCCGGUGUCACCAGUGCGACUCCAGCCAGAACGCAACCUGCAAGAAUGCCCAAUCUGGAACGGCUCCGUACUGUUCGUCGUACAACCGCGACAACCACUGCUACAUCAUAGUCCAGAAAGACGGCCAAACGGUACGGAAGUGUUCGACCCAGCCGCGCACCACGGAAUGCGCCGGAGCGGAUCGGUGCGAAAUUUGCCGCUUUAGUUCGUGCAACUCCCGGGUGUCAACCGCCGUGAUGUCUAACGAUGUGCCGGAUCGAACCUCUACGACCACGGCGAAACCUGGCGGAGCCGCCACCGUGGGUGCCAAUUUGUUCAUAACGACGAUGAUUGCACUUGCGGUAGCACACCGCCAUCAUCUAAGCGCGGCAGCGUCAUCGGUGGUUGGCGCGAAGUGAGAUUUGAGCUGUUUGAUUGCUUUGCACGGAUGAUGUCACCGCCGCCGGUUUUGGUUGAGUUAAAUAAAGCUAAAGUGAAGAAAUGACGAGCGACACGAGGUGAAGAAUGA